AUGACACUGCAGAUCUGCCCCGUAUAUAAAACUGCACCGGAGUGGUGCUGCUGCUGCUGCUGCUCUCGGAACGAAGAGUACCAACUGGAAUCUGAGGUCAGGAGUCCGUGUGAACAGCUGAGAGCUGUCGGAGCAGCACAACGACAUGAUCACGUUCCCCAGUGCUCAGAGGACGGACGCUACAGACACGUGCAGUGUAAUCGUGGUGGAGAGUGCUGGUGUGUGGACGCUGAUGGAGCAGAAACUCCUGGAAGCAGGCGGAAUGGAUCUGCAGUGCAUUGUCUGACAUCAUGCCAGCGGCAGAGACAGCGGGCACAGCUGAGCGGAGAAUCCACCGUGGUGUCUCAGUGCUUGGACUCGGGCGAGUACCAGCCGGUGCAGUGUGAUGGUGCACAGGGUCAGUGUUGGUGCGUGGACCUGGACGGCAUGGAGAUCUACGGGACGAGGCAGAACGGCAGGCCUUCACGUUGUCCAGCUCUGUGUGAGGUAAGGGAACGUCGACUGCUUCAUGGUGUUGGUGAGGCUUCUCCUCCACAGUGUGCAGAUGAUGGGAGUUUCCUUCCUGUACAAUGCAAAUUCAUUAACACCACCGACAUGAUGGUGUUUGAUCUACUACACGGCUUCAACAGACUCCCAGAGGUGUUCCAGACGUUCAGCGCUUUUAGAAAGACCUUCCCUGACCUGUCUAGCUACUGUUACUGUGCCGACUCCCGAGGCAGGGAGCUUCCCAACACCGGUGUGGAGCUGCUCCUCAGUGAGGUCUACGAUACGGCGUUCUCCAGUUUAGACGCUGGACGCUCCUUCUCCCAGUCCAACAUUUAUCGCAUCCUGCAGAGACGUUACCUCGCUGUCCAGCUGGCCCUGUCUGGACAGUUUAGAUGUCCGAGCACUUGUGAGAGGGAGCGAUCCUCCAGCUCUCAGGCCGAUAAUGUCUUUGUGCCCUCGUGUGAUGCCCGUGGAGAUUUCCUGCCAGUGCAGUGCCAGGCUGGUGGUCAGUGCUGGUGUGUGGACUCAGAUGGGAGGGAGAUCUUUGGGACUCGUCAGACCGGAGUUCCUGACUGCAGCGCGGGACCUAAAGACUGUCGGUCUGAGAGGAGACGAGCUCUGUCCAGACUGUUUUACGGUCCGGUCGGAUACUUCAGCCAGAACGACGUGUUUUCAGCGUUUACGGUCGACACGCAGGACGGCGUUCCCGCUCAGCUGCCUCCGUGCAGCCCAGAAUUCCAGGAGCUGUUAGCUAAAUCCGGUCUCCUGAGUUCCCUGCCAGAGACGGAGCGCUCAGACGUCGGGGACGUGAUGGCCGAGCUCGUUCAGGGGACGUUUCCUACGGGGGGUCUGGCUAUAAAGGCCCUGUCCCUCAGCACCAACCCCAAGAGGCUCCAGGAGAACCUGUUUGGGGGCAAGUUUUUAAAGAAUGUGGGCAAAUUCAACUUCACUGGUGCUGUUGGCACCAGCGGCACGUUACGUUUCAGUCACGUUUUCACUCAGAUUGGUCUGAUUCAGAACGGGGAAGACUUGUCGCAGCUGGCCAAGAGUUUUUCAGACGAUUCUAUUGGUCCGAAUCUUGACCAGACCGUCUCGGACUCAUUCGGCCGCUCGGUAAACCUCAAGCGCAACCAGGACUUGGUCAAACUCAUCAGCGCCACCCUGGAGAACGAGCAGUUCUUCACGACUCUCCGUGAAGCCAUCGGGUUGCUCAGGGCAGAAGAUAGCAGCCACUUGGGGGCACUAUUUAGGGCGUUGUUUCAAAAUUCGGACGUCUGCAAACCGCCUGCGCCUCCUUCGUCCAUCUACGUGCCUCGGUGUGCUGAAGAUGGUCAGUAUCAGGAGAUCCAGUGCCAGGACUCCGAGUGCUGGUGUGUCGACUCCCAAGGACUGGAGGUUAUGGGUUCACACUCCGCCAGCUCCACGCCACGAUGCCCGUCCCGAUGUGAAAAAGAGCGCGCGACGGCCGUGGCGGCGAAAGCCGGCAGCUCAGCGGGCUCUGAGGUGUUCAUUCCAAACUGUCAGGACGAUGGUGAAUACAUGGCAGUGCAGUGCCUGGGGAGGGACUGCUUUUGUGUGGAUGGCGCCGGGGUCAGACUCGACACGCCGAGACCCGGAGCCGCGCUGCAGUGUCCAACAGAUUGCCAGCUCACCGCGUCCCAGCACUUCCUAAACACAGUUAAUUCCGUACUGACCGGUCCGGCUUCGGUCUCCCAGCUCUCUGACGUUUACGUCCCUCGCUGCACCUCGGACGGCAGCUGGCACCGGAUCCAGUGCGACGGGCCUCCAGAACAAGCGUUCGACUUCUACCGCCGAUGGAUCCAAAUCAACGACGCUGGCAAACAACGUCCAGUUCCUGACCUCCUCAAAGUUCUUCAGGAAUACAGAACGGAUUCUGAAGCCAUGGCGUCGUUUCAGGGUUUCCUCUCUGCGCUGUUCCAGGCUGGACACCACAAGGUCUUCCCCGCUCUGUCCAGGUUCGAUGCGUUUUCAGAACUUCCGCUCGAUCUCCUGGAUGGAACCGGUCGAGCCGUGUCUGGACCGUCUGUCCUCCUGAACCCGUUUUCGUUAUGGAGACUACUGAGCGGGUACAGUGGGUCUCCGGGCCCCCUGUUGGACUUCAGCGCCCCUCUGGGUCACUUCAGCUCACGCCAGUGCUGGUGUGUGGACCAGAAAGGGAACGUGAUCCCAGAGACCAAAGCUCAAAUUGGGAAGGUCCCAAAAUGUCCAUGCUCGUGUUCGCUGGUACAGGACCGAGCGAACAAGUUUUCGGCAGAUGUGGAGACGCUGAUCUCUUCAUCCAACAGCUCUCACAUACCUGCGGGUUACGGCUUCCUCCUGGCGAAGAGCGUUCGGCUACGUCCUGAGGAGAUGCAGCAAGAUCUGAGUCCCGGGUUUCAGAUUUCGGAGGCUUUUCUGAGCGGCGACGACUCCGCCCUGAGACUAGCAGCUCAUUCUACCGUUCAGUUUUACUGGCAGAGCCACCUGACGGUCAGUGAAAGGUACCGGCCGAGUCUGCUCCUCGGAUACCAGCCGUACAGCCCACAGUGCGACUCCAGUGGUCAGUGGCUUCCCAGUCAGUGUCAUUCCAGUACAGGUCACUGCUGGUGUGUGGAUGAGGAUGGAGGAUACAUCACUGGAUCACUGACUGCUCGCACCAUUCGUCCCCCACAAUGUAAAACCACAUGCCAGAGACUACGAGAUCAGUUUGUUAUGUCUGUUUGGAGCAAGUCACCGUCUGACACCUCGUCCUCCUACAGCCCGUCCUGCGAGGAGGACGGCACUUUUCCCGUGCUCCAGACGCUCGGCGCAGCCGGCAACGUCGCGUCGUGUGUGAGCCCCGUUACUGGAACUUUCAUCCAGUCGGCCACCCUGAGCCCAGCAGGAGAGCCGCAAUGUCCUGGUUGGUGUUCUCUUCAGAAGAGUCUGGCGGCUCGGCGUGAGGCGGGUGUCGGAUACGAGCCGGAAUGCGUGGACGACGGUGAUCUGUUCUGGCCUCUGCAGUGCGACCAGGUUCACUGCUGGUGUGUUUCUGAAAGCGGUCAGGAGAUCCCGUCCACGCGGCGUCUCCUCUCGCAAAACCGCCCGUCCUGCGAUGCUCCUCAGUGCCCGCUCCUGUUCGGAAGCUCUGUUUCCCAUGGUGCCGUUCUGUGCAGCAAUCACAGUGUUGUUGGUGGGAGGCCGAUGCAGCUCUGUGAGGUUUUCUGUCUCCGAGGGUUCGUCAGCUCACUUCCUGCGAAGGACUUCCUGUGUGAUCCGGCGACCGAGUCGUGGCUCAGUGAUGCUCCGCUAUCCCACACGUGCCAAAGAGUUCAGCCGCUGCAGACCGCACAGGCGUCCGCGACUCUACAGAUGUCUCUGACGGAAAAUCAGCCGGACUGCAGAGGUCAGAGUUCGUCUCUAAAGACCUCGAUACUGACCAGCAUGAGAGCAGCAGGACUCUGCAGUCUACAGCUGUCCCCGGGUCGGUACACGUCAGUGUGUGACGAAUCGUUUGUCUCUCUGGAGUGUGUGAGCCAGCGAAGCCUUGCUGUUAAUGUCACCUUCAUAACUCACCUGUCUGACCUGCCCGUCAACGUCCUGCCCGACCUCCACGAUAUCGACGCUGCGCUCGGUGACCAGAAGAAGCUGGACGUGUUGACGGAGUUGAUAAGAAGCGAGUCGUAUGAGGGCGUUUCGGUUUCGGCCUCGCCCGCUUCCUUCGGGUGCUCCGCGGGCUUCUGGCAGCUCCCAGACUCCUCUGGGUGUGUGCUUUGUCCAGCCGGUUCUUUCUCCGCCGGACCUCGAUGUCGAGCGUGUCCACGUGGCUCGUAUCAGGCGGAAGCAGGACAGGAUUUCUGCUCUUUCUGUUCCUCGGGAACCUCCACCGCAGCCCAGGGAGCCUUCAACCCCUCGCACUGUGUUUCAGAUUGUCAGCAGAGUAAGCUGAACUGUACAGACGCCGGGAACUUCCUCUCAGCUCAGAAGCACUUCCUGUCUGGGAAGUGGCUGUGCGUGUCUUCACGGGGAGAGGAGCUGAACUGGACGUCUGCAGACGAGCCGGUCACCUCGGAGCAGUGCAGAAUUCUGGAGAAAUUCCAGGCUGUUGCAGUCUCGUCUUUGCGGUUGGGUUCUGAAGACGCCGCGGUGCUUCACUCCGAUUCCUCAUCGCAGCCGCUGGAGAUGCAGAUCAGGAAAUGUGUUCUCGAUUGUGCUGAAGAGAACUCAUGCCAGUACGUCUCUGUGUUCCUGGAUGGAGGACGAACCCUGUGUGAUUUGUACACCAGCAGCACGACUAACGUUGACUGCAGAAGCUCUCAGCAGAGCAAAGGAUUUCUGGGAAAUGAAGGUGCGGAGACGUUCCAAACGCUGAACUGCCGACUGAAAGUGAAAGUCGGAGAUGAACCCGGCUUAACUGUGAUCAGAAAGAAAGGUCACGAAUUCGACACGUCAGGCCCCAAGAGCUUUGCCAGGCUCGGUUUCCACAAGGUAAAUUCGGGAGUGUACCGCACCCUCGUGUUCCAAGCGGCCGGAUCGUCUCUGGCUGACGUGCACCGUGUCUGUGCGGACGCCUGCAGUGAGGAGGGCUGCUGCGACGGCUUCGUCCUCAAUCAGAACGUUCUCGACGGAGGUUCUGUGAUUUGCGGCCUGAUGAGCUUCCCGGGCGUCCUGCAGUGCAACGAGAACGACUGGGACCUGAGGGCCACGGCCCCGUCCAGCCGGACCUGCGGGGCCGGAGUCAGCUACAACAAAGAGCAGAGACGCUUCACCUUCGAAUUCGGUGGACAGAACUUCACCAUCACUGAUUCUGCUCUGCCAGCGUCUAGUAAAAAUAAGACUGAUUAUCAAGCGACUCUCAUCAGCUUCCAACAGGUUUACCUCUGGACAGAGUCCGAUAUGAACACAAGGUCGAAGGCUGAGGAAGUGUGUGGAGGACCAGUCCAGAAGGUUUCCAGUUCCAGUCUCUCUGACUCGAUUAAGGAGAAUUUCGAGGUCUUGGAUGCCACUAAAAUAAAGGUCGACUUGGAGACGAAUACAUCGAACCAGCUCUACUGGGUCUUCAAACAGCAGUUCACUGCAGCAGAGGCUCAGCUCUGGUGUCUGAAACGCUGUAUGGAGGAGGAACUGUGCCACGUAGCCGACCUGCGAGACGAAAGCCGUCUGUAUUAUUCCUGCAUCCUGUAUCCUGACACGCGUGUUUGCGGGGCGUAUGAUAAGCCGCUGAGACAGGCCUGCGACCUGGUGCUGCCACAGGAGCCCCAGAACGCCUACCAUAAGAAGAUCAAUCUAAGCGGCAGCGUGAAGAUCUUCUACGAUCGUGUGCCAUUCAGGAAGAUGGUUUCCUACUCUGUGAGAAGUCGCGUCAGCGUGCUCGGCAAGUCCAUCACUGAAGGGUUCUUUGAAUGCGAGAGGCGCUGUGAUGAGGAUCCCUGCUGUAGAGGAAUCGGCUACGUCCGAGACACCGGAGCGUCUGAUGUGCUGUGUCUGACCCUGAACAGUCUGGGUAUUCAGACCUGUGCGGAGGACGAGCGCACUACAUGGAGGGUUCAGGACUGCUCUCCAUCUAAAGUCCAGACCACCAUCUACCCCUUCGGCUGGUAUGAGAAGCCAGUGAAUCACUGGACGACGAGUCCUGGUAUCUGUCCACCUUUUAAACUUCGCUCCCCAUCAAAAGCUGUGGAUCUAAAUGACUGGAGGCUGUUGGAUGCUUCGUCUGUUCUGGUGGACGCGUCCGUCUCCGCGUUUGAUAAAGUUCAUAUCAGCAGAGACAUCGCAGAAGACCCGGACAGAGUCCGAGACUGGUGCCUGGCCGCCUGUGAGGAGAACGAUUCCUGUACAGCCGUAUCAGUGUCCAGUAGAGAGUCGGCGCUGAGCUGUGUGAUGUACCCUGAUACUCACGUCUGCCUGCCAACCUCCAGGGGUCAGCACUGUGUGUUCCUCACCAAGGAACCGGCCCAAAAAGUGUACCUGAGAACAGUUUUAAAGCCUGAUCUGAGCUCGUUGUCCCUCCCUGGCCACGGAACCCUUCUUGGUAAAACCGAGAUGAAGCUGAUCGGUGUGAGCAGCAGGAGUGUGACGUAUUUCCUGGGUGUACCGUAUGCUCGUCCACCAGUCGGUCAGCUCCGCUUCAGUGCCCCACAGGCACCUGACUGGACGGGAACCUGGAACGCCACAUUUGCCCGGCCCUCUUGCCUCCAGCCUGGUGAUUUGGCUGAAUCUGGUUCCAGUGAGGACUGUCUCUACCUGAAUAUAUUUGUACCUGCUGGUUUGAAACUUCCAGCUUCGGUCCUGCUGUUCUUCCAUAACUCUGGUUCUGGCUCCGGCUCGCUGGACGGCUCGUACUUGGCUGCUGCUGGAAACGUCAUUGUGGUUACAGCAAAUUUCCGAGUGGCUGCUUUUGGAUUUCUGAGCACAGGUUCCGGCGCUCUUCAAGAGAACUACGGCUUACAGGACCAGGCAUCGGCGCUAACAUGGUUACACUGGAACAUCGCUCUUUUCGGGGGAGACCCCACCAGGGUGACGGUGGGGGCGGACAGAAACGGUGCCGACGUUGCCAGCCUUCAUCUCCUCUCAUCCUCGUCGUCAUCUCUGUUCCACCAGGCUCUGCUAAUGGGUGGCUCAGCGUUUUCUCCUGCAGCGGUAACGAGCCGACAGAAAGCUCGGACCCAGACCGAAUCUCUGGCCGCAGAACUGAGCUGCUCAUCCUCAGAUCCUGCUCAGGUUCUUUCCUGCCUGAGAGAGAAACCGGCCCAGAGCGUCAACGCUGCCCAGACCAAGUUACUGGCGGUGAGCGGCCCCCUGCAGGCCUGGUCUCCGGUGAUGGACGGCGUGCUGGUGAAGGAACAGCCGUCCGCAGCCCUGAAGGUCGGUCGCUUUCACGGGGUUCCGCUGAUGUUGGGUUCUUCAGCUGAGGAUGGACUCAUCAGCAGAGCUAAAAACAUCAAGAACUUUGAGCAGCUCCAGGGAAGAGCGGACAGUAAAACCGCGUUCUACGAGGCUCUGUCUAACUCACUCGGUGGAGACGAUGCCAACGUGCUGGUGAAAGAAGCAGCGACGUGGUUCUACUCCCUUCAACACUCUCCAACUCCCUCGGGUUACAGCGUCUUCUCCCGUGCGCUGGAAAAUGCUACGAGAGAUUUCUUCAUCACAUGCCCCUCGGUUGAAAUGGCCAGAUUCUGGUCCUCCAACACCCGCUCCGGGGUGUACAUGUACCGCCUGCCUGAAGAAAUGGUGCAAACCAGUGUUGAUAUUUCGUCUCCCCUGGACGUGCAGUAUGUGUUCGGCGUUCCACACGUCCCAGCGAUGCGAGACCUCUUCACCUCCACACAGAGAACUCUCUCACUACAGAUCAUGACCUAUGUGGCGAAUUUCAUCAAAUCCGGAAACCCUAACCUGCCGAGCUCGGUCUCGGCCGCGUCCUUCGGUGAACUUCUGCCUCCCUGGUCUCAGUUCCUGCCCCACCCGAACGGGCAGAACUAUAAGGAGCUGAUGCCAAACCUCAUCAACCGCAAGAGUCUCCAGGCAGACCAGUGCUCCUUUUGGUCCCAGUAUGUGCCAGCGCUGAGUGCCUCCACCGGUAAAUUCCAGUCCAAAAUUUCAGGGGAUGAGUCUGGACCACCUUCAGCUUCAACACCUCAGCCGAUGGUUUCGUCCGAUUUCAGCUCUUCAGUGACACAGAGCAAACCGAAACCUGACAAGGACGGUUACAGUUAAAGCUUAAAACGUCAAAGUAAUGUACAAUUAAGUGUUUAUUGUUUAUUCAACAACAAUGAGAACUUCUUGAUUGUUUUUCUGUAAUUGACUUUAGAAUUAAACAGUAGCAUUGCAUUAUAAACACAAAAAUCACCUGGAUUGUUGGAUUUGGUUUGUUUUUUUAUUUUGCUGAAGCUGCUAUUAAAAAUUAAAAAUG